UCUUCCACAGAAUUCUCCAGAAUUUCUUAAGCUUACCUCCUCUUCUUAAAGCCCUUGCAGUCACCUUCUACCUCCCCAAACCCCAUCAUAUCCCCGCCAUCCCUACUCUGCUCGCUCAACCCCAGCUUCUUCAACCCCCAGACAAAUCAACCAGAGCCAUCCAUGGGUACUCUCGUAGGACACGUCGCCCCUGGCUUCGGAUUCCUCCUAAUCGGUCUCUGGCACCUCUACAACAACGUCAAACUGUAUUCCCUCAACCCUAAAAACCACCGGUUCCAUCCCUGGUACCCUGCUCCAAGACUCCGCCACCUCGAGCUCCUCCUCAUCGCCGCAGGCUCCUGCGCUUCCAUUGCCAUGGAACUCUUCAUCGGCCCCGCGCGACAUCAACCCCUCGAUCCAGACUUCACAAUCCCUUCUAACCAUCUCCACAACUUCGAGCACGCCUCCAUCUCCCUCACCUUCCUCUUCUACGCCGCAUUCGCCUUCACCUUCGAUCGGAUCCAACCGGCCCCAUCCGCCGCCGAACCGCUCACGAUCAUCGCCGCCUCUGCUGCCUUCGCGCAGCAGCUCUUCCUCUUCCAUCUCCACUCCGCCGAUCACAUGGGGAUCGAGGGACAAUACCAUUGGCUUCUCCAGCUCAUCAUCGCCAUCUCCCUCAUCACAACCCUAAUGGGAAUCGGAAACCCUAAAAGCUUUACCGUCGGGUUCGUCCGAUCCGUGAGUAUUGGAUUUCAAGGGAUCUGGUUCAUUGUAAUGGGAUACGCUCUGUGGACGCCGGCGUUGAUUCCUAAGGGAUGUUUCAUGAAUGCGGAGGACGGCCAUUUUGUGGUUCGUUGCCGGAGCGAGGAAGCUCUGCACAGAGCUAAAUCGCUGGCGAACAUUGAGUUCAGCUGGUGCUUGGCGGCCGUGGUAGGUUCUUCUCUGCUUUUCUAUCUGUUACUGAGUAGGAGGUAUGCGGAGGAGAUGGAGUACAGCCCGAUUAGUAAGCUGAGCGGGGAAAUGGAGAUUGAGGAAAUGGAAUUGGAGGAAGGGAAGAACAGCUUUUUGAGCUUGGGGAAGGUGAUGAGGAACGUGGACCUGGAGAGCAGUGCGGUGGAACAUGUUGGGAAAGUGACAACGGCCGGAUUGUUAUGAAAGAAGACCAAUGGUAGAG